UGGCUUCGCCUGUCAAUUGCCCCGAUUUUCUCUUGGAUCUUUCUCCUCGUCUCCAUGGCCGCUGCAAUAACAGCUGCUUCUUCUUUAACUGUGUCAUCGUCCUUAUCCAAAACCAAAACCCCAUUGCACGCUUCGAAACCUGUAAAUUUGCCCUUCCCUGUUUCGGUUUCACUUCCUUGCAAAAAUCGACUGAACAGAACGCUGAGGGUUGUCAAUUCGAUUUCCGUAUCAGACCCGGGAUUGCGGACCGGGCCUGACGAUCUUGUUUCUUCCAUUCUCUCCAAGGUGAGACAAACUGAUGGAGGACUGUCACUGACUAAAGAACAACAUAAAGAGGUAGCUGAAGUGGCUCGAGAACUGCAGAAAUACUGUGUGAAGGAGCCUGUGAAAUGCCCUCUUAUCUUCGGAGGAAAGCUGAAAGUUUUGGACAGUGAAUGGAUCCAAGUUAUAUUUGAGCCACCUGUAUUGAAGAUAGGAGGAAUGAAGUUCAAAUAUGGCUUUGAGAGUGAGGUUAAGCUGCAGAUCUCAUAUAUAGAUGAAAAGAUCAGGUUGGGAAAAGGUUCAAAAGGAUCACUAUUUGUGUUCCAAAGACGCCAAUAAGAUCAGCAUAGUCCUUCAUGUUCCUCUUUCGUGUGGCACUAAUAAUUUUGUUGUACAAGAUUUAAGUAUUUAUUUGUGUAAAUCUCCCGUGUCACCUCACUUUCUGGUGUGUGAGGCCAAAAGCAUAUCUCACUUGUUGCAUUUAACUGAUCCUCAUUUGACAAUGCCGAGCAAUCAUUCUGAUCCAGCCCUA